UCUCUUUCUUCAUCAAAUUGCAAAUCUCUCUCUUUCUGUCCUCUCUCUCUCCAUGCUCUUGCUUGUUCAUACUAAAAAUUUCUUCUUUUUUCCCCUUCUUGGAGUUUGAAAUCUCCUCAAGCUUCAAGUGAUUAACUCUUUGCAGAGAAUUUUGCACAAAAAAUUAUGGGUUAUUGCUCGUUUCUUCUGGAAAGUUUUAGUUUUUCUUGACAAGAAAAUUUCAGUUGUUUCUGAAAAAGAAAAAGGGUUUACAGUGAAGAGUUAAUUCGAUCUGGUUGGGGGCCCCAGAUUAACAUGAGAGUUUGAGGUGAGAGAAUACAUCUAUGGCUGGAGAAGAUUUAGUGGAGCUCAAAUUCAGGCUUGCAGAUGGAACUGAUAUUGGUCCAAGCAAGUAUAGUCCAGAUACAACUGUUGCAUCUCUCAAAGAGAAAAUACUUGCUCAGUGGCCUAAAGACAAAGAAAAUUGCCCCAAGACAAUACAGGAUGUGAAGCUGAUUAAUGCUGGAAAGAUACUUGAAAACAGCAGGACACUUGCCGAGUCCAGACUUCCAGUUGGUGAACUUCCAGGGGGUGUAAUUACAAUGCAUGUCGUUCUUCGCCUUCCUUUAUCAGACAAGAACAACGAGAAACGACAGGAUGAAUCUCCAAAGAAAAGUAGCUGUUCAUGCACAAUACUGUAGACUAGCCGCCUAAUCAGAUGUGAUACCGGUCGGUUUCACUUUCCUGUCAGACUUGUUGUGAUUGCAGUCCUUCAUCUUUACUUGUUCGAGGAAUAUUUUGCGUAUUCUGGUGGCUGCAGAAACAUAAGCAAAAAGUUCUACGUUUACCAUUAUUGGAAAAUCUUACAUGUCCAAUGUUGCUUGGAAAGAAAAAACUUAGUUGAUGAUGGAUAAAAAAAAGAUGAAAAAGCGAAAUUUAUUGUGAGGAUUUAUUGAUUUCUUUGUUUUCAA